UGGGCUGUUUUCCUGAGAGUUGGAGCUGGAGUGAGACAAAGCAUCGGGAGGAAGCCGCGCUGGGCGCCGGGCAGCAGGCGCUAUGGGGCUCCUGUCCUGCCUCCUGCUGUGGAAACUUGUGCUACUGCAGAGCUGUGCACCUCUCCCGUCCGCAGGGCCCCCGCGGACCCCCGCGGCCGGCGGCAGCUUGGUGGUGUCCGAGGAGGCGGUGAGCGGGGCGGCGGGUGCCCCGGCGCUGCUGCGCUGCCAGAGCCCGCGCAUGGUGUGGACGCGGGACCGGCUGCGGGACCGGCAGCGCGUGGUGCACUGGGACGUGCGCGGGGCCGGCGGCGCCGCGCGCCUGCUGGACAUGGACUCGGCGGGCGAGCAGCGCGUGUACCGCGCCCGCGACCUCGGCCGGCUGCUGCUGGCGCCCUCCGCCUUCCUCGACGGCAACUUCUCGCUGCUCAUCCGCGCGGUGGAGGACAGCGACGCGGGGCUGUACACCUGCAACCUGCACCACCACUACUGCCACCUGGACGAGAGGCUGGCCAUCCGCCUGGACGUCACGGACGACCCCCGCGAGGCGCACGCGCACUGGGACGGCGAGAGGGAGGUGCUGCGGGCCGCCCGCGGCGCGCCGGCCCUGCUGCGCUGCGUGAACCGCGCGCCCGUGUGGACCGACCGGCACCUGGAGGAGGCGCAGCAGGUGGUGCACUGGGACCGGCAGCCGCCCGGGGUGCCGCACGACCGCGCCGACCGCCUGCUGGACCUGUACGCGUCCGGGGAGCGCCGCGCCUACGGGCCGCCGGGGCUGCGCGGGCGGGCGGCCGUGCGCGCCGACGCCUUCGCGCGCGGGGACUUCUCGCUGCGCAUCGCCGCGCUGGAGCCGGCCGACGCGGGCACCUACUCCUGCCACCUGCACCACCACUACUGCGGCCUGCACGAGCGCCGCGUCUUCCACCUGCGCGUGCGCGAGCCGCCCGCGGGGCCGCCGCCCGACCCCGGCCACGGCUCGGGCGCAGGCCCGGGCCCGGACCCCACCCUGGCGCGGGGCCGCAGCGUCAUCCACGUCGUCGUCCCCGAGGGCCGGGCCCACUUCUUCCAGCAGCUGGGCUACGUGCUGGCCACACUGCUGCUCUUCAUCCUGCUGCUCAUCACCGCGGUCCUGGUCACGCGCCAGCGCCGGCGCGGGGGCUGUGAACACACAGACAAGCGUUCAGGAAAGGCAGAGAGGAAGGACGUGAAGGUGGCAGAGCUGUCUGUGUCACCCUACAGGACUGAGGAAAUCCAGCUAGAUUACAAAAACAACAUCUUGAAGGAGAGGGCAGAGCUGGCUCACAGUCCCCUGUCUACCAAGAAUAUCGACUUGGACAAAGAGCUCAGAAAGGAGUACUGCAAAUAAAGCGACCCUGGCUACUGGCUGGACCAGCAGCCCUGCCUCCAAGGAUGCCUGCCCACCCUCCAGAGGCCCUCCCUGGUCCCUCCCAGCGGCUGGUCCCGCUUGUCCUGGAGCUGGGCCUCGAUUGGUAGGGCUGUUGUCUACACUUAGUUCUUUCAGGAGCCAUCUUCGUCUUCCAGAGCAACUGUGGGCUCCCUCGGACUCUGCCACAGCGUGGCUCCUGCCUUUGGGGUCACACUUUCCCAACCAUGGCCCUGCCCCAGUUCUGGCACAGCCCAAGCUGUCAUCCUGAUGAUGUCCAGGAAGCAGCCCUUAGGCCCUCCAGAUCUCUGCUCCCUAGAGGCAGGAAGCCACUCAGAGGGUCAGGCAGGACUGGAAUCCUAGACUCAGUCCCAGUCCCCACCUCCCUUCUGCUGGGGGACCCCAGGGGCUGUCCACUAUGCGUAAGCCAGAGGCAGGACCAGCUGCCCUCUGUCCUGUGCACUGGGGAUGCAUAGGUCUUCCUAGGCGGCAGCGGCGGCCUUUCCCUUUCUCUGCUUUUAGCACCUUUUCAGCAAAUUUUCCUGGAGCUUUCCCCACACUCACUGAACUAACUCUACCUGAUUUUUGGCCCUGACUCCUCCUAUCCCUGGAUGGAACCAUUUGGCCACACAGAUUUGGCUGAGGAGGUGGGAGGUGCUCUGGAAGUUCUUGGUGGCCAGUGUCUGUGCUGCCGCCCAUAUGAUGGGCAGUCCACACUUGCUCCUGUUGGGAGAACUGACACAUCACAAUAAAGGACAUACCUGGUUGUAUA